ACGACUCAGUUGGGGGCGCCGACGUCGCUGCGUUGGCUUCGUGGCCGAUGGUUGCUGCUGACGUUGGAGGAGCCGUAGUAGCCGCGCUAGCGUGUAUGCGGGUCGUUGCCGGUCGUGUCCGCAGGACUCUGGGUGCUGCAGCAUGGAUCUACCGCUCGGAACGGUCGUGAGCCCGCACUACGCGUUCCCCAUUGUCGGCGUCAUACUGUGCGCCCUGCUUGUUUUCGCCUUCGGCUUCAAGUCGCCCAGCCAGCCUCCCAGCUUCGGAAGCAUCGACGAUGAGAGCGACAAGAAGAAGAAGCGAAAGGCCAAGGAGUCCCAGAAGAGCAAAACGCAAGCCAACGGCCAUGCACCAACUGCAUCCCCAAAAGUUGUUAGCCAAGCCAAGCCCAAAGUAGAGAAGGCACCUGCUCCUGCUAAACAGAAAACCGAAAAAACAGAUGCGAAGGCUGCUCAGCAAAAAAAGCCUGCCCAACCCCAAGAGAAGCGGCCCGUCACAACCAAGGGAAAGAAGGAAGCUGCUGCGAAACAACCAGAGGACCCCGCUCCUGCACCACAGUCAGCUGAGGACGCCGGAGAUGGGUGGGUGCAGAAGUUGAGCAAAAAAGAAAAGAAGAUACGCCGCAAGGGAGAGGAGAAGACCAACGUCUCGGCUGAAAAGAGUCAGGCCAAUGCACCGGCCACCGAAGAAUCCAAGAGUCCUGCCACCAAGCGCAAGAAGCAGUCGAAAGAAGCCGAUGCUAAAAAGGCUGAGCCAGACGUUGAAAUGCCCGAGGAGCCUGUUGCCACUGAACCAGUUGCUGCAGCUGAUCCUGAGUUCACACUUUAUCGAGACAUUGUAAACAAGGAACAUCCCAAGGAUCAGAGGAACAAAAAGAAGCCAAAGUCUCCUCCUACUGAACCAGAGCCUGUGAAGAGCCCGGCCAAGAAGGAGUCAGCUAAGAAGGACGUCACCAAGUCUGAGGAUGCUGCAUCAAAAGCCAAGGGAAAGGGUGGCAAAACUGACAAAAAACAGGCCGAGGAUUCAAAGCCCAGUGAUACUGCCAAAAAGGCUGCAGCACCACAGGAGAGCUCACCUGCAGCGGAGCCUUCUGUGAAGCCAGCCAGCAGCCCAGAGACGGCAGAGUCAAAGAGCAGCGAAGUUGCUCCACCUGCGGAGUCCAACGUGGCUUUUGACGAACUCGGUGAUGCCUGGACGGAGGCCAAACCCCAGAAAAAGAAGAAGAAGGCCCGCAAAGACUGAAGCUGUGCCCUGCCUUCUUGCCUAGUCGCCCUGGAAUCCAGGUGAAGCGACCGUCUGCUUCGACGGGACCAAACCGCCACCGCUGCGUCGAAAAAAGUCCCUGCAUGUCUGCUGCCUGUUCACUAGCACCAGCAGCGAGAGCACUGGAGGGACCAAUGCAGCGGGUGCCGAUGCCCCCGAGCCAUCACCUCUUUUCGUCUCUCGUGCAACAAGUGACUCUCUCUCUCUCCCUCGCUCAUGUGACUCAUGUGAUGGCUGGCGAGCCGGGCGAGGUUUUCGAGCUGCCGUCUGUGGUGUCGUCGGGACGGCACAUGCCAGAAGUAUGCAAAUGUGCUGCCACCACACCACACCCCAGCCACAUCGUUUUAUUAAGUCCCUGCAUUUUUUUAUCAUUAUUUUCUCGCGAGGUGUGGUGGUGGUGAAAGAAGACUUGCUGUGUAGCCCUCCUCGUUCCCCUAGGUAAUGAGGGACACCAGUGUGUCGAAUGUGUUCGUGCCACACUCGCAAGGGAAUGCAAGUUUGUGUAGCUUGCCCCUGCACUGGUGGAGACGCUCACUCUGUGUAGUCUGCCUGGGAGGGAGCCUAGAACACACAAGAGGAGGGUGGCCUUUGUGGCAGCCUUUUCCCUCUUUUUGUUUGUUUCUCAACUUUUGUUGUUCCGAAGAGUUUUAUUAUUGCAAGCAGGCCACUGUACAUCCCUGAGAGGAUGUACAGCCAAUAGUCUUUUAAAGGUCCCCGUGAGCAAAUGGAUAUCUGCGCCAUUUGCAAAGGUCAACGCUGCUCAACUUUUUGCUUCUUGAAGGUCUCCUUUUACUUUUUCUCUCUAUUCUCGUUAUUUUACACUGAGGCUUUUCAUUUUUUUUUAUCUGGGGAGAGCAAAUGCUAUAUUUCAUAUGGUUGGUGGGUUGCAUUAAGAGUUUUACUUUUGCCAUUGUUUAUAUGGCACUGCCUUUUGCCACUCGUUUUUUUACUCUGACCUCCAUGAGAGCACGGUUACGUGGCGGCUUCCACAUUUACGUGCCACACUUUUUCACAGACACAUGCAUAUUUUUUGUGCAGUCUCGUUCUUUUGUCUGGGAAGUUCUUUCUACACACACACACACACACAUAUAUAUAUAGUACUGAAGGAACGCUGGAAGGAGCGAUGGUUUUUAUGCAUUCCUCUUGUGUCGGUACGAUUUGAGUUGAGACCAUUAUGUGCAUAUCUUUUCCAGGUUACUUUAAACGCUUCGUCUGCCGUUCUUAAACUGCGCCGCACCGACGUCCCAUCCCCUGUCACCUGGGAGUGUUGUUUUGGGGCGCUGUACAAGUUGUUAGUUACCGAGAGUCGUUUAUAACAUAAAAGUGCGCUAUGUGAUGGCCCGUCAGGUCAUGGCAUAUGUGCAGCACUGAAAAGUGAUUGAGAACUUUCUUUCUUUCUUUUUUUUGGACUUGUCUGUACUUGCCAAAAGGUGUCCGCUGCCAAAAGUAUGCAUGCGGAAACACUUGUAGCAAUUUGGCCACCUGUGUUGCUACCAGUGUUUUGUGAUCUUAUUCUCGCAGGUGCACCCUUUUUGCAGCAGACAUGUCUUUCAGUUAUAAGUGAGGAAGCGAUACACUACCCCACACUUUCUUUUGUGUGUUUCUUUUUACGCUAUCAAAUCUUAUUCCAACACACUGCAUGGGUUCUGUCAUUGUUGUAUUGUUUCAUUAUUCUAUAUAAGUUUGCAAGGAGUUGUGAUAGAUGAUUCAGGAAACGAAUAGUGUUUUUGAAGUUGCCUCGAACUUUACCCCGUUGUUGGAGAGCAACUUGUUAUAAUGAUUAUCGAACACAAAACUGUGUACAUAAGGGCCAAAUGUCCAUGCAAGGACACUUCCCACUGUUGUCUGCUCUCUUUGUAAUAAUAAAACAAGAGAAAAAGAACUUCUCUCGGGAAAA